GAACUUGGCAAGUGGCUUGAACCUCUGAAAAACCUUAGAUUUGAAAUAAACUGCAUCCCAAACUUAAUUGAAUAUGUUAAACAGAAUAUUGAUAACUUGAUGACCCCAGAAGGAGUUGGCCUUACCACUGCCUUACGUGUUCUCUGUAACGUGGCAUGCCCACCACCACCUGUUGAAGGUCAACAGAAAGAUCUGAAAUGGAAUCUUGCUGUUAUUCAGCUUUUUUCUGCUGAAGGAAUGGACACCUUUAUUCGAGUUCUGCAAAAAUUGAACAGUAUUCUGACUCAGCCCUGGCGGCUCCAUGUCAACAUGGGGACUACCCUUCACAGAGUGACUACUAUUUCAAUGGCUCGCUGUACACUCACUCUUCUUAAAACUAUGUUGACGGAACUCCUGAGAGGUGGAUCCUUUGAGUUUAAGGACAUGCGUGUUCCUUCAGCACUUGUUACUUUACAUAUGCUCCUGUGCUCUAUCCCCCUCUCAGGUCGUUUGGAUAGUGAUGAACAGAAAAUUCAGAAUGAUAUUAUUGAUAUUUUACUGACUUUUACACAAGGAGUUAAUGAAAAACUCACAAUCUCAGAAGAGACUCUGGCCAAUAAUACUUGGUCUUUAAUGUUAAAAGAAGUUCUUUCUUCAAUCUUGAAGGUUCCUGAAGGAUUUUUUUCUGGUCUCAUACUCCUUUCAGAGCUGCUGCCUCUUCCAUUGCCCAUGCAAACAACUCAGGUUAUUGAGCCACAUGAUAUAUCAGUGGCACUCAACACCCGAAAAUUGUGGAGCAUGCACCUUCAUGUUCAAGCAAAGUUGCUCCAAGAAAUAGUUCGUUCUUUCUCUGGCACAACCUGCCAGCCCAUUCAACAUAUGUUACGGCGUAUUUGUGUUCAAUUGUGUGACCUUGCCUCACCAACUGCACUUCUGAUUAUGAGAACUGUGUUGGAUUUGAUUGUAGAAGACUUGCAAAGCACUUCAGAAGAUAAGGAAAAACAGUAUACUAGCCAAACCACCAGGUUGCUUGCUCUUCUUGAUGCUCUGGCUUCACACAAAGCUUGUAAAUUAGCUAUUUUGCAUCUAAUUAAUGGAACUAUUAAAGGUGAUGAAAGAUAUGCAGAGAUAUUCCAGGAUCUUUUAGCUUUGGUGCGGUCUCCUGGAGACAGUGUUAUUCACCAACAGUGUGUUGAAUAUGUCACAUCCAUUUUGCAGUCUCUCUGUGAUCAGGACAUAGCACUUAUUUUGCCAAGCUCUUCUGAAGGUUCUAUUUCUGAACUAGAGCAACUCUCCAAUUCUCUACCCAACAAAGAAUUGAUGGCCUCAAUCUGUGACUGUCUACUGGCCACACUAGCUAACUCUGAAAGCAGUUACAACUGUUUACUGACAUGUGUUAGAACAAUGAUGUUUCUUGCAGAGCAUGAUUACGGAUUAUUUCAUUUAAAAAGUUCUUUAAGGAAAAACAGUAGUGCUCUGCAUAGUUUACUGAAACGAGUCGUCAGCACAUUUAGUAAGGAUACAGGAGAACUUGCAUCUUCAUUUUUGGAAUUUAUGAGACAAGUUCUUAACUCUGACACAAUGGGCUGUUGUGGAGAUGAUAGUGGUCUCAUGGAAGUAGAGGGAGCUCAUCCAUCACGGACGAUGAGUAUUAAUGCUGCAGAGUUAAAACAGCUUCUACAAAGCAAAGAAGAAAGUCCAGAAAAUUUGUUCCUUGAACUAGAGAAGCUUGUUUUGGAACAUUCAAAAGAUGAUGACAAUCUGGAUUCUUUGCUGGACAGUGUGGUUGGACUUAAGCAGAUGCUAGAGUCAUCAGGUGAUCCUUUACCUCUCAGUGACCAGGAUGUAGAACCAGUACUUUCAGCUCCUGAAUCUCUCCAGAAUCUGUUUAACAAUAGGACUGCAUAUGUGCUUGCUGAUGUCAUGGAUGAUCAGUUGAAAUCUAUGUGGUUUACUCCAUUUCAGGCUGAAGAAAUUGAUACAGAUCUAGACUUGGUAAAGGUUGACUUAAUUGAGCUCUCUGAAAAAUGCUGUAGUGACUUUGAUUUGCACUCAGAAUUAGAGCGCUCAUUUUUGUCAGAACCAUCAUCUCCAGGAAGAACCAAAACCACUAAAGGAUUCAAACUUGGGAAGCACAAACAUGAGACCUUUAUAACUUCAAGUGGAAAAUCUGAAUACAUUGAACCUGCCAAACGAGCUCAUGUUGUGCCUCCACCAAGAGGAAGGGGCAGGGGAGGAUUUGGACAGGGUAUACGACCUCAUGAUAUUUUUCGUCAGAGAAAACAGAACACAAGUAGACCACCGUCUAUGCAUGUGGAUGACUUUGUUGCUGCUGAAAGUAAAGAAGUUGUUCCUCAGGAUGGAAUACCCCCGCCAAAACGACCACUCAAAGUGUCACAGAAGAUUUCUUCUCGUGGUGGGUUUUCAGGCAAUCGAGGAGGACGGGGUACUUUCCACAGUCAGAAUAGAUUUUUCACGCCACCUGCUUCAAAAGGAAACUAUAGUCGUCGGGAAGGAACAAGAGGCUCCAGUUGGAGUGCUCAGAAUACUCCUCGAGGAAAUUACAAUGAAAGUCGCGGAGGCCAGAGCAAUUUUAACAGGGGCCCUCUUCCACCAUUACGACCACUUAGUUCUACAGGUGUACAUCCUUCCUACUUGAUAUUGCUGAGAAAAGGCUACCGUCCAAGUCCUCGGGAUCGUGCUUCUAGAGGUCGUGGGGGACUCGGACCUUCCUGGGCUAGUGCAAAUAGCGGCAGUGGUGGCUCAAGAGGAAAAUUUGUUAGUGGAGGCAGUGGUAGAGGUCGUCAUGUACGUUCCUUUACACGAUAAAAAUGCUUUCGGGAACAUCCUAAGUGUAUAUGAACAUUUCAUGAGGACAAUAAAAAUAAAAUAAUACAUUAAAGGACCAACUUAGACUUAACAGUUAUCUGGAGACAUCUGAGAGAAUAUUUUUAUCUGAAGAAAGCAGAUUUUGUUUGAUACCUAAUGAGAUUUCAAUAAAAAUCCAAACUUUUUAUGUA